AUGAGCACUCGUACUGGUGUUGUGGCAGGUGGCGCAGCGGGAUGGUCUGCUGCACCACCAGGUAGGUACGAAGCAUACCAAAAUCCGCCAGCAACGUCGGUCUUCAGGGAUCAGAAUGUACGGUCAGGCGUGCAGGCAUAUGCUCCUAAGCAGCAGCAGCAGGUGAGAAAAGCACCCACUUCCGGCUUCGAAGCCUACAAUGAGCAUCUCGCCGGCGUCAAUCCUGCUAACAACGCUAAUUUCGGAAGCGGGCCCAGCCAACAACGCUCUCACGCGACGAACUCACUCCUAAUCCAGCAGCCAUUCCAAACACUUCCAAUGCGACCACCUCAGCAGCAGCCAGCCAUGAUGGUGCCAAGACAGCAGUAUCAGCAGCAGAACUCCCUCCUGUUUGACACGAACCAGAAUCAGACACGGCUGUUCUUCGGCGGGUCUAACGGCAACAUCAACGGUAGUAGUAUGUUGCAAGCUCCUCGGGCGCCGCCAGCUUCGCUAUUGCCAAUGCAGAGCGGCAAUAUCAACACUGAUAGUAUGAUGCAGGCUCCUCCUUCCUUGGCGCCGCCCCCAGCACUGAUGCCAGGCCCAACGAUGGCGAAUCUCGCAUUCAGCAUGAAUCCACCAUACCCCGACUCCGGGCUCCAGGGCAGCAACAACAAUUAUGGAGGCGGAGGUGUUGGCGGCAGUAUUUUCUUCGGGAAAGAUGUCGAUUUCUACACAAGACCUUUCUAA